AUGAGUGUAACAACACUUUCUUCGUCUUCUCGUUCGAGCGGUGUUACUGUUAUCGGUGGUGGUGGUGGUUCCCGCUCCUCGCGUAGGUUUAGGAGCACCUCAUCCUCGCGCGAUGAUGCGAAUGCAUUAUCAUUUUCAUCAUUUUCAUCAACAACAUCCCGAGCGGUGAGGACGACGAGAAGGAGAUAUCGCGGAUUUGCGUGUGACAACACCCUCAGUCCGUUGAAAUCGAAAACAGACCCGGCGACUUUGAAGAACCGAAAUCCAGCGAACGAUUCCAUGAUUAAAGCGGCGAAAGGGGAGAAGGUGUCAAAGACGCCGAUUUGGUUGUUUCGUCAAGCCGGGAGACAUUUACCGGAAUAUAAUCAGUAUAAGAAAGAUACCGGGAAGAAUUUUUUGCAACUGUUGGACGAUCCAGAGGACGUGUGCGAGGUGACGAUGCAACCGGUGAGACGGUAUAAGUUAGACGCGGCUAUUUUGUUCUCGGAUAUUUUAGUCAUCGCGGAGGCGAUGAACGUGGACGUGGAGAUGCCGGGAGGUAAAGGUAUCGUCGUUCCGAGGCCGUUGCAAACGCCGGAGGAUUUGGAGACGAAAGUACCGAAAACGAUUGACGUCGAGGAAAGAUUAUCGCACGUGUUGAAAUCAGUCCGACGAAUUAACGAGCAGAUUGAGAAAGAAAACUUACAAAUUCCGUUGAUUGGGUUUAGCGCGGCGCCGUGGACGUUGAUGUAUUACAUGGUCGGCGGGAGUUCGAGAAAGAACACGGAUUCCGGGAUGAACUGGUUGAAGAAUCACCCGGAGGCUUCGAGGGAGUUGUUGGGACGACUGACGACGGUGGUUAUCGACUAUUUAGAUUUGCAAAUUCAAAACGGCGCGCACAUGGUGCAAGUUUUCGAGGCGAUGUGCGAACACAUCGACGAGAAGGAGUUUUACGAGUUCGCGUUGCCGGAGAUGGAGAAGAUUGCCAAAGAGUUGAAAAAAAGACAUCCGAACGUCCCGUUGCUUGGUUUUGCGAGAGAUGCACCGUACGCGAUUUCCGAUUUGCAAAGAAUCGGGUACGAUUGCAUCACCUUAGAUACGGUUAUGGAUAGAAAGUACGCGAGAAACACGUUGGCGGGCGCGGCGGGCGGCGAAGCGAACAUGUCCAGCGUCCAAGGCAACUUUGACCCGAAACUCUUAGUCGACGGGUCGUUCGAGGAGAUCGAAAGGGAAGCGAAGCGAAUGUUACAGGACUUUGGACCACAAAAAUACAUCGCGAAUUUAGGUGCAGGUUUAGGCGGGAAAGAGGAUUGCGCGAAGGUUGAUUAUUUCGUCAACGCCAUUCAUCGAUUAUCCAAGGAGAUGAUUAAUUAA